AUGGACAUGGUCGGCCCUCAACACUCGGCGCCUGUCAAUUUUGCGUCGGUCUUUCGCCCAGGUUCACGGAGCAGCAAUCUGAGUCCUAAUACUCACACGGCUACCAUUACCGCCAACAACUCAACCACACCCAAGACGACGACUCGACGCUUCGCUUCGCUCAGAGGUCUGCAUGACCGCCCGAACUCGUCUCGUCUGAAGAAGCAGCAGACGCAGAGCCCGGCCCCAGUCCCAACCCCGACCGUCCACGACGAACUCGGCGACAUGAUCGAUGCUACUGGACCAAAGUCUCGACGAGAGCGCACUCUGAUCGGUACAGAAUGCGCAGCAUGCGAGGAGCCGCUGGAGCACACGUUGCGCGGCGAGCGCAUCCUGCAGCUGUCGUGUGGCCAUGUCGCCCACGAGGCCUGCUUCUACGAGUUCAUCAAGGAGUUUGAGUCGCAGGAAUGCCCAUCGUGUAACGCUCCAUUGGGACUCGACACCAGCCGCGGCGGCAAUCUCAACUUCGACUUGCGCGAUCGUACAAGAGACUCGGACAACACUCCCACGCCCUGGGACGAUCCGCCUCGCCAUCACCACCAAAGUCAUAGCUCUGUCCCCAGCCAACCUCACCAAAGUCAUGGCUCCAUACAGAACCAUGCUCAUCACAGCUAUACUUCGGUCCCGAACCAGGCUUACCAUAGUUACAACUCGAUCCCAAGCCAGACUCAACACAGUCACCACAGCUACAAUUCCGUCCAGACUGCCAUACUCGAUCCAAGCCCGCGCCCACCCACCCAACAAAGCUUCACACGCUCUCACCAACACAACAAUAGCGUCAAUACGCACCUCACCCACAGCAACAGCCACCACAGCAGAUCAGUAGAGUCGCGCCAGCACGAGAGAAACAACAGCCAAGCCACAGACGAGUCUCGCAACCGACGCAUCGAGUACGACCUCCAAUCCAUCGCUGCCGACAUACCAAGCCCACGGCCCAACAUCAAGAACCCCAUACCUGCUCCCACCGUCACUGUCCGUACCGAAUUCCCUACACUGAACCGAAGCCGACAGCAGCAAAGCUUGACCUGUCUCAUCACGGUCGAAGUCGUUGACGGAAAAUGGCAUGCCGAUCCUCAAGACAUCGUUUCUCCUGCUGCCGACAGCAUCGAUGCCAUGUCAAUGCCUCGCUCGCCUGAACCGCAAAGGCAGCUCGACCUUCCCCACCCUCCUUCUCACGUACUGGACCGUGUCACUGAGGACUUGCAUACCAAGGUCGACAACUGGCACGGCCUGGAUUUCUCAAGGCAAGAAGAUCUCUCCGUUCCUUGCAAAGACCGCCAGUCGUGGCAAGAUCUGGAGUGCUAUCUGUUCACUGAGAUGCUCAUCUGUAUCAAGGAGAAGAAGCCUCAACACCAAUGGGAGACGGCUUCGGAAUCUGCCAAGAUGAGGACCAGGUGCACGCUCAAGGGCUCCAUCUUGAUCAAGCGACACUUGAAGCAGGUUCAAUUUGUCCCCGAGCAAGACAUACUCACUCUGAACCUUUCAGUCGCCGAGCUACCGCAUUUCCACCUCCAGUUUCACGACAGAUCGCAGCUGGACAUCUGGCGACGCGCUCUGAUCAGCAUCAACAGCCUCGAAUUGUCUGAAAGUGACGAGGACUUUGAAACUUCUGGUACCGAUGAAGAUGAUUUGGCAUCAAGAGGAGGUAGACGCUCCUCCAUCCCAUCGUCUUAUGGUGCUGGAAAAUCCGCCUACACUGCACCUACCGAGUACACCAGCCCUACUUUCCGUGGCACACAUGGUUACAGUCUCCCGAUUGCCAUGCACGUUCCGUUGGAUAUUGUCGUGGUCAUACCAAUCUCUUCGUCCAUGCAAGGCCUCAAAAUCUCCCUACUCCGCGAUGUGUUACGUUUCCUCGUCAACAACCUUGGCGAGCAAGAUCGUAUGGGCCUUGUGACCUACGGAUCUAGCGGAGGCAGCAUGCCUGUCGUAGGUAUGACUUCCAAGAACUGGAACGGAUGGUCCAGAGUUUUCGAAUCAAUCAAGCCGAUCGGACAGAAGAGUCUACGCGCUGAUGUUGUCGACGGCGCAAACGUAGCCAUGGAUGUUCUGAUGCAGAGAAAGGCGGCCAACCCAAUCUCAGGAAUCAUGCUCAUCAGCGACUCGACAACAUCCGAUGUUGAGAGCCCCGAUACUAUGAUCGAACUGUCUACCCGCACCAAAGCAACAUAUACAUACGUCAAAGACUGGAUGAUGCUUCGUGAAUGCGUGGCAGGCUGUCUAGGAUCCUUGCAAAGCGUUUCACAUCAAAACGCUAAGCUUAAACUGCGCUUGCCCGAAGGUUCACCUGCCAAAUUCGUCAAAAUUAGCGGAGCGCUCCAAAUCACGAAGCGUGCUACCGGUCGUGAUGCUGAGGCAUCAUUGGGCGAUUUGCGCUUCGGUGACAAGAGAGCCAUCUCACCUGACAAUUCAUCUCCCGAGCAGGAUUUGCAAGAUCCUUGGGAGACCAUCGUUUCUGGACUCGAGGCUUUGGGUGGACCACUCGACCAGGAUGAUAUGCGCCCAGUCUCUGUCGAGGAAGUGGCCCUCAUUCAGGCCGACCUCGCAUGGGGCGAUAUCCUUCGCGAAGGAAAUGUCUCUCAAUUGCCCCGUCCAUCGCUCCUUGCAAUUACCAUGCUUCCUCCGGUCUCGAAUAAGGCCUCAAUGAGCCGUACAACGACCCCACCAAUUCCACCUCAUCCAUCAGUGGUACAAAGACGCAUGGAGCUGUUGACAUCCGACAUGCUCACACGAGCUUUGACACUGGUCUCACGAGGCCAACAUGAAAGAGCUUCCCAUCUCCUCACAGAGACUCGCAGUAUUCUCAAGGGCCUCGGAAAAGGCGGACUUCCUCCUCUUCCACCACCUUCAGCGCCACCCACUGCUCGUCUUCCGCCUACCCCUACGGCAAGCAUCCACAGCAACGGCGCAGACUACCCACCUUCAGGACCUCCCACAGGACCUCUUCCACCGCCUCCCAUUUUCACAGGACAUUCGGCAUCCAUGGAGCCUAGACGCACCCCGACUCCUCCUCGUCUCGAGCCUUUGAGUCCCUUCACUCCCGCCGCUGGCAUUGAUGCCGAUAUCAUGUCAGCACUCGACACGGAGCUCGCCUCGUCGUUAGAAUGGAUCAACCACCCCGCCGUCUUUGGCCGUGACAGCCGCAAAGCUGUCUUGCAGGCCAUUGGCGUCAUCAGCAGCCAGCGUGGCUUCACUAUGCGCACUCCAGCAGAAAGCCUAUGGGCAACACGUAUCCCUGGUACAAGGCGUUUGAAUGACCGCAGCCUUGAGUGGCGCUCGGCUGGAGACGAGUUCCUCGCCGAGGAGUCUUAG